CGGAGAGCCGGGGAGAGAGAAAAAUGAACCCGACACAAAGUAUGCUGAUAGACGGCCUCACUAAGACCAAGCAUGUUGCCAACGCCGCUCUCAUCAGAAUAGUGGACGGCAACAUCCUGGCAACGACUCCGGGCUUCAACAUCCAAAGCCAAGCCCUGGUCUUCCUCCAAGCUUUUUUUAAGGAGCUGCUCCAAGUCAGAAGAGACGGGCUCUACUUCAAGGACCGGUACUACAAGUGUGUCCGAGCGGACGACCACUCCAUCUACCUCAAAGGGAAAGACAACGGGGUGAUCUUGGCCAAAACGGCGACCUUCAUCGUGGUCGGCACCUAUGCCCAAGGCAUGUACCCGAGCGUGUGUGUGGAAGCCGUGGAGACGCUGGCGGACUACUUCAGAGCAAAGGGGAACUGAAAAGGGUGUGGAGAUGGAGCCAUUUCGCUCAGAGACCCCGUGCAGCCCAUCCCAGCAAGAGAUGGGCUCCCCAUCGAAGGGCUGCCGACGCAAGGACCAGGGGGGGGGGCCCUGCAUCGUUUCCACAAGAAUCCUACUUGUGGGGUUCGAGGGGAGAAAGAUUAAAUGCACAAGAAGUAAAUCCAAAUGCCUUGGUGCUUAAUUGAUAUAUGUGUAUAGUUUCAGGUUCUCCCUGGCCUGAAGCCUUGGCGGGUUGAGGGCUGGCUGCAAUUCCUGGCUUCUAAAGAAGAGGUGGGGAAGUUGUGGCCCUCCGGUCCUCUCUGCUUGGCCCUCAGGACUUUCCACGCUCCAGGCCAUGCCUUCUCCCCAGGCUACAGCCACCAGCAGCCCUGCUCC